ACUGUCACACAAGUUUAACUCCGCUACAAACCAAAUGGUUUAGAUUACAACGUCCAUCCAUAUAAACGGCACAACUUGGUUCACCUUCACUCACUGAAAACUGAAACCGUGCAAAUAUUGUUGUGUCACUGAUCAAUCCAACUAGUAAUGGGGAGGUGCUUAAUCUCAUCUUCAAUAACCCCCUCAAAAUUUCACCAAUUACCCACUUCAUUUACAACUUUUAAUCACAAAACCCAUCAAUCAUCUGCAUUUUCUCGUCAUCUAAAAUUUACAAAAUCCCUGAAAAAUGGGAUUUUUGGCGGGGCACUUUCGUUGAACCCAACACCUUCAUCUUCGUCAAGAGUAUCACUCUGCACUAGUGCUGUUUUGUCAGAGACCCAAUUUCCCAAAGUGGGGGCCGAAUCAACCGGCCCAAUUCCCGUGAAUGAACUGCUUCGGGUUGUUGAAAAAGCUGCCAAAACUGGUGCUGAGGUAGUCAUGGAUGCUGUUAACAAGCCUCGGAAAAUUUCUUAUAAAGGACUCACUGACUUGGUGACUGAAACAGACAAAAUGAGUGAGGCUGCUAUUUUGGAAGUUGUGGGGGCAAACUUCAAGGAUCAUCUUAUUCUUGGGGAAGAAGGAGGAAUUAUCGGAGAAGCUUCUUCUGAUUAUCUUUGGUGCAUUGAUCCUUUAGAUGGAACCACAAAUUUUGCUCAUGGUUAUCCUAGCUUUGCAGUUUCUGUGGGUGUUCUGUUCCGAGGGAGGCCAGUAGCUGCUGCUGUGGUUGAAUUUGUUGGUGGAGCUAUGUGCUGGAAUACUCGCACAUUUACAGCAAUUGCUGGUGGAGGAGCAUUUUGUAACGGGCAACGGAUUCAAGUUAGUGCAACUGAUCUGGUGGAGAGAUCUCUUCUUGUGACAGGCUUUGGCUAUGAACAUGAUGAUGCAUGGGUUACGAAUAUUAAUUUAUUCAAGGAAUUUACAGACAUUAGUCGGGGUGUGAGGAGGCUUGGUGCUGCAGCAGUGGAUAUGUGCCAUGUAGCCAUAGGAGUUGCUGAUGCAUAUUGGGAAUAUCGUUUGAAGCCAUGGGACAUGGCUGCUGGUGUUUUGAUUGUUGAAGAAGCUGGUGGAGCUGUAACAUGCAUGGAUGGAGGCAAAUUUUGUGUGUACGAUAGGUCUGUUCUUGUUUCCAACGGUUUGCUACAUUCAAAGCUUUUAGAGAAGAUUAGUCCAGCAACAGAGAGAUUAAAAGAGAAGGGCAUUGACUUCUCCUGGUGGUAUAAGCCUGAGAACUACAGCACAGACCUUUGAAUUUUGGCCGAUUCGUGCCUUGGUUUUCCUCUUUAAUAGAACUGUGCACACAGGGUUAAAAUUUUGUUUUAACAUCAGAUAAUGUAUCUAUUGGUUGAAAAUAAAUAUUAUGCAAAGAUUAUUAUAUGACUAAUUUUAAAUAAUUUAUAAUUUCUAUAGUA